CAAUCAUUGUAAAUAGCAGGAACAAGUCGCCAAACACUUUUACAGUGACAGACGUUCCCUAACGAGCGGCUGAGCUUCCUUGUUUAGAACUUCAUAUGGUUCCCAGCUGGCACUUGUACCAACCUGGGGGGAAAGGGAUUUAGGUUUAUGUUAAGAUGUAUUAUUCUGAAGAUGGCAUCAUAAAUGAGGACUUACAUCCGCUGGGUACAGGGUCGGUCUGGCGGACCUCUGAAUCUCCAGUUUCAAAUCAGUUCUCUGAAAAAGGACUGCGUCACCGUGGCAAUGAGUCUCACUUGGAGACAAUUGACCUUCAGCCCAUGCUGCAGGGCCGGUCAUUACAGGUGUGGACAGAACUACAAGAUGAGGAUGAGGACAAACCUGUGAAAGAGUUUUGCUGCUCCAUGCAAAGGAAAAGGGAAAUACGACAAAAACAGGAGAAGCUGGGUGCAAAGAAAAACAAUUGGGAGUCAUGGAAACAGGAUAAAAGCAGAUCUAUCCAGCAGUUCCAAAGCAAAGCAUCUGAGUCCCUGCAGUUCCUGGUGCUAUGGAGGAGAACAAUCAAUACCAUAGGAGGGAACUUUGGCACAGGGAUCGCCUCCUACUUCACUUUUCUUCGAUUCCUGAUCUUGAUGAACCUUGUGACAUUUCUCUUGAUUGGAGGAUUUAUUGUAAUUCCCAACAUUGUCUUCCAAGAGCUGAAUGUCAACCAAACCUCACAAAGCUCCAACUCAAACGGAUUGUGUCUGAAAUACAGUCCAAACCCUCAAGGGCUCGAGAGAUAUUACACAUUCAUCAUGGACAUCCUGAUGGGAACAGGUUUCAUGGAGCUCACCUAUAUGUUCUAUGGUUUUUACAAGAAUACCUUAGUAAUCCUGGCUGAAUUUUACUACAACUUGCCCCUGGCAUAUCUCACUACCACUCUGUUUUACUUUCUACUCAGCCUUGUGUGGAUAGUGGUCAGAUCUGUCAAGGGAUUUAAGCAAAGCCUGGUAACUGAGAACACACAGCUAAGCAACUACACCAGCAAAAUAUUUGUGGGUUGGGAUUUUUGCAUUAAGGACCCCAGGAUUGUAAAACUGAAACAAAAGAGCAUCCGGUAUGAGCUGCAGAUGGACCUGGAAGAGGAAAACAUGAAGCGUAAGCAUGCUGAGCGCACCACAUCUCAGCGUGCCACUAUUUAUACUCUGCGGGUCUUCUUCAACCUGGUUGUGAUCUGUCUCACUGGAGCAGCGUUCUACUGCAUCUACCUGUCUACUGUCAACUCUCAAGUGCUGCUCACAAAUAGUUCAGUCAAAGAGAACUUCAUCCUGGAUUUAGUGGUUGGAUACCUUCCCUCCAUUGUCAUCACAGCUGCUAACUUCUUCCUUCCUAUUGUCUUUGGGAUUAUUAUCCAGUGGGAGAAGUACACACUCAGCUGGGAGAUCAGGCUCACACUGAUCAGGUGUGUAUUCCUUCGCCUUGCCAGCCUGGGAAUGCUGCUCUAUUCUCUCUGGGACAAGAUCACAUGCAGUGGAACACCUCAAGAUGCUCAAUGUGUGACCUGCGGGUACAACAUUGAUCAGUACAAAUGCUGGGAGACACGUGUGGGACAGGAGAUGUACAAGUUGCUGAUAUUUGAUUUUCUGACUGUUCUUGUGGUCAUUCUGCUGGUGGACUUUCCCAGAAAGAUGAUGGUUGACCACUGCUCAUGCAAGCCCAUUCAGUUCUGGGGCCAGCAGGAGUUCCUGGUGCCUCAGAACGUACUGGAUAUUGUCUAUGGGCAGACUGUCUGCUGGAUCGGAACCUUCUUCUGCCCUUUACUUCCUCUUCUCAAUACGGUCAAAUAUUUCAUCAUCUUCUACUUGAAGAGGCUGACACUUUUUGCCAACUGUCGUCCAGCUGAUCGAACGUUCCGAGCAUCGAGUGCCAACUUUUUCUUUAUGUUGGUUCUGCUGCUGGGCCUCGCUAUAUCGUGGGUGCCAGUCCUGUACAGUAUAUUUUCAAUGACACCAUCAAAAGCCUGUGGGCCAUUCCAAGGGCAGAACAAAAUCUGGGAAACAGUCCCCAUGACCAUUGAAACCCUCCCCAAGACGGCGGCAGAAUUCUUUAUGUUCAUUGGAUCGCAAGCUUUCGUUGUGCCUUUGUUCUGUUUGUGCUGCAUUUUAAUGUUCUACCUCAUUGCACUGGCAAGUUCAUAUGGCAAACUGGUGAUGACCCUGAAGGAUCAGCUACAGAUGGAAAGAAGCAGGAAGAUAUUCCUGAGACAAGUGAGUUACUGAGCAAGCCAAGAAGCAAUGGCAUUUACAAGAUUGAGGCUUCUGUACAUCACAUGGCAUGCUUAUUUAUUUGCUGUAAAUAUAUCCCAUUAUUAGCAGGCCAGGCUGGAGAUUGUUUAAGAAAUGUACUUUCAGUAUAUAGAUCAGGCAUGAAGGCCUCCAGCUUGAGAUGUACCAAGGGUGAUUCCUUUUACACAUAUAAAUCCCUUCUGUGCAUGAGAUCCGCGCAGAAUGUACACAUAUCAUAAACAUUGCUCCACAGAAGUCACUGAUGCCUACAUUCCUGAACUGUGUGCCCGAGCAGCAGGGUGACUAUUAUGAUGGUUUAGCCAGUAAAAUACCAGCCAAGGCCAGGAUUACCAAUUUAACAGCAAUGUAGUUGCUGUUGUCCCCCGCCCCUGGCCCACCUCCAACCCACUCCCGUACCACCUCCUAUCCACUCUCCAGCUCUGUUUCUAACCCGCUCCGGUCCCUGUUUCCCAUUCAAUAUUGGCCACCAAUAUCUUGUCCCGCCCCCACUUAUGUCACAACCCCGCUGCAUGUCACAAACUCACCCCUUGUGGACCUACCCCUCAUUUUGACCAGUAAGAACAUUGAUGAAAGGUGGCAGCCCUACAGCAGGGUGACUAUUAUGAUGUAGGCCCGGGCGGCAGGGUGACUAUUAUGAUGUAGGCCCGGGCGGCAGGGUGACUAUUAUGAUGUAGGCCCGGGCGGCAGGGUGACUAUUAUGAUGUAGGCCCGGGCGGCAGGGUGACUAUUAUGAUGUAGGCCCGGGCGGCAGGGUGACUAUUAUGAUGUAGGCCCGGGCGGCAGGGUGACUAUUAUGAUGUAGGCCCGGGCGGCAGGGUGACUAUUAUGAUGUAGGCCCGGGCGGCAGGGUGACUAUUAUGAUGUAGGCCCGGGCGGCAGGGUGACUAUUAUGAUGUAGGCCCGGGCGGCAGGGUGACUAUUAUGAUGUAGGCCCGGGCGGCAGGGUGACUAUUAUGAUGUAGGCCCGGGCGGCAGGGUGACUAUUAUGAUGUAGGCCCGGGCGGCAGGGUGACUAUUAUGAUGUAGGCCCGGGCGGCAGGGUGACUAUUAUGAUGUAGGCCCGGGCGGCAGGGUGACUAAUAUGAUGUAGGCCCGGGCGGCAGGGUGACUAUUAUGAUGUAGGCCCGGGCGGCAGGGUGACUAUUAUGAUGUAGGCCCGGGCGGCAGGGUGACUAUUAUGAUGUAGGCCUGGGCGGCAGGGUGACUAUUAUGAUGUAGGUCCGGGCGGCAGGGUGACUAUUAUGAUGUAGGCCCGGGCGGCAGGGUGACUAUUAUGAUGUAGGUCCGGGCGGCAGGGUGACUAUUAUGAUGUAGGCCUGGGCGGCAGGGUGACUAUUAUGAUGUAGGCCCGGGCGGCAGGGUGACUAUUAUGAUGUAGGUCCGGGCGGCAGGGUGACUAUUAUGAUGUAGGCCCGGGCGGCAGGGUGACUAUUAUGAUGUAGGCCCGGGCGGCAGGGUGACUAUUAUGAUGUUGCUCUAUAUGUGUAAGAUGGGAAUGUGUAUGGCACUGAAUGUAAAUGUGAUCAGAGUCACGUCCCCACGCCGGCUGCACAAGUCUCACACUAAGCAAUGCUGGGGGGGGAGGUGUGAGGAACGGGUGCAAAUACAAAUAAUCAACAAGUGAAUACUGAUUGCAAUCAUAGUAUACAUUUACAUUUUAAAAAAAUCACAUUUAAACAGAAAGUAUGAUUACAGUAUUUAUAAUGUAACAUAAUGUGGAUGUUUUAAUAAUCUUAUACAGUGGCUUGCAAAAGUAUUUCGUUCUUUGAGCAUUUUACUAAAUAAAACAUUCAACACUGAAA